AUGAGGAUUCACGAGCUCCUCGAGGCAGUCAUCGACUACGUCGUCGUCGAGGGUGUGCUGGGUGCCGACCCGCUGGUCGUUCAGAAGCACCUGGUCACCCUCGAUCCAAAGGUCGACGACGCGUACUUUGCACACCUCUGGCCGCACAUUGCCUCGCACAAGCUCGUGCAGGUCGUCGUGGCCGAACAUGCGCUCACCGACCCCAACCCCUUCCCGACUCCGGAGGGCACCGAUCUCCUCACCUUCCUCGGCGAGGAUGAUGGCGCCGACCCUCCCGUGAAGACGGCAGACCUCCGCGCUCUGACGGAGCGAUAUCCCGAUCGCGUGCGGAUGCGGUGUGUGGACGACGAGGUGUACUAUCGCCUUACAGGCUCGCGCCAGCGUAUACCUCGUAUCACCCCCAUGAUCUUCACCUACCUCCAACUCUCGGCGCGGUCGCGUGAGAAGGGUAUCUCGGCACUCGAGCUCGGACCCCUCACCCAGACUAACCAGAAGAGCGUGUUCCACUACAUCCGUGUUCUAGUGCAACUCGGGCUGUGUGCAAAAAUCCCCGCCAGCCUUCACGGCGCCAACACGUCCAUCUUAGUCUUCCGCAAGUUCCUCGAUCAGAACCCCAACUACAGGGCUCACAUGCGCAAGAGUAGCCAGGAACCAGAAGUCAAGGAGGAGCACAAGGAGGAGGAUGGCGAGGACGCCGCCGUGCCGGAGGAGGAUGGCGAGGUGGAGAACCUUGGGUUCAACUUUGCGCCGUUCUCGGAGAUGGAGCUCGGCGCAGGACAUAUACCCCGCGAACGCCUUAUCCGUGUGCUUGACCACCCCGGACUCAAGAAUCAUCUUCUUGGAAACCACCACUUGCUCCAAGUUCUUGGAUGGCCCACGCAGGGGUACAAGAACCGCCACCGCCGUCAGCUGCAGCGCCAUAUUGCGCUGAUGGUCGACGAGGGCAUCGUCGAGUAUGUCGACAUAGGCAACGCGCUACGUGCGUGUCUUCGCCUCACAAAAUUCAACCCCGACUACGUUCCGCCAGCGAAGGUAGAGGAGAUCCAGGUGAUCGAGGAGGUGCCCAUGAUCGCGACUGAGUACGCUGAGUCGUUCCACUUCCACGGGGGUGCCAUUGCGACGGCCAGCCUCGAGUCUCAGGUCAUCAACUCGAUCCACAGGUCUGGACCGCAGGGCCGCACAUUGCAGGACCUCUACGUCAGCCUGAGCGGUAUCUUCCGCCGUACCCUCGAACAUAUCAUCAAUCGUAUCGACCUCGUCUUCCUCGCCCCACAUCUCAAGCACAAGGCCAUCCGCUGCGUGAUAGAGUCGGUCCAGCGGGAGCGUCGCCUGCGCCUCUUCUCUAUCGACAACUACGUCAGGCACAUGGCACAUCUGGGCAUUGUCGUUACCCCUCCACCAAUACCACCAGCUGCUGGACACUGGGCGGAUGUCUCGUUCCGCAAGUUCAUCGAGAACGGCACCCAGCUCAACAAGGCUAUUGAGACGUUGUCGGCUGGUAUAAUACCAGUCGGAUCCGCGUACUCCGGUGGAGCAGGCCGCAAGCGUGGUCCGCGGAAGUCGGCCACGGUGUCAGAAUCGCCAGCCCCGGCUCUCGGGAAGAGGAAACCGCGUGCCUCCACGCGUUCCCGUGCGGCUGCCGCCGAGGACGAUGAGGAAGCUGCCCCGGAGCAGGAGGGAGAGAGCGAACGCGCCGCGUCCCCGGCCCCCGUCCCGAAGAAGAAACAGAAACGCGAAGCACCACCCCGCCAGCCGAAGUACGACAACGACGUGCAGGAGCGUGGGCGGCCGCGCAAAUACGUAUACGUCGUCAACGAGGACGGCACGCGCAACCGCAUGAUCCUUGGUGACUUGAAGUUAACCCCGGCUCUUCCUCCGUUACUCAUCUAUGUGAAGGAGGCCGGGGUACUCUGCCUCCCACCCAAGGGCUAUUCCGGCGUUGGCGAGCCUCCGACACUCACGGAAGAGGCGAUAGCGGCCGGCCUCUCGCCUGAGCAUUAUGGCCCGGCGAAGCGCGGCAAAGGCAAGGCCAAGCCGAAAGGUAAAGCCCCACCCAAGGGGAAGAAGCGCAAGGCCGGCGAGGGUGAGGACGAGGGUGAGGACGAGGGUGAGGAAGGCGAGGUGCUGGCCGAGGGCAUACCAGCAGAAGACGAGACAGGGCCUUCAAAGCGGCCUCGUAGAAAAGCUGCCAUGAGGAAGUCACUGGCCGAAUUACCACCUGACUUCGAGCCGGAGGAAGGCGCCGAGAUAGACGAGCUCAUUGCGGAACAAGACGCGAUCGACCCAGACGCGAUGGAGAUCGCAGUUGGACUGGUUCGGGAACCCAAAUCUGUCCAUGUUGGCGUUGGUCCGUCGGCCGAGGCAGACGCGGCUGUCGCUGGGGCCUUGCUUGACGUCGCGAUGGCCUCCGAACCCGCUGGAAUAGCAACAGGCCCGACCGAAACUAUCGAAGUACCCAGCGCUUCGGACCAGACGGCAGUGUCCACUGCCGUUACGAUCGACGUCACCGUCUCUCAAGCAGCUGUCCCCGCUCCUCAGGCGAAGUCGCCACCCAAGCCGCGCCGCGGCAAGAAGGCUCUCAUUCAUGCUGCUGAUAAGAGCGUGGCUGUUGAGGCCGAGACUGCCAAGGGGCCCAGACGCUCUACUCGGGCCAGCAGAGCUGCCGCUGCAACACCACCCAAUGCUAUAGACGUUGACGCACUGUCUGGCCAGGAGCCGGCGCCUGCAUUUGCUGGCCCUCAAGGCGCUGCGUUUGCUGCCGAAACGGCAGAGCUUCCAGCCGCAAUAACACCAGCUCCCGACGGAGAGGGUCCCGAACUAACAGAGGCCCAGGCUACUCCGACUGGACCGUUGAACCCUGCUGCGCCUGCCGGCGUCGACAUUGCUACCCCUGCUGCCCGCAUCGAAGCAACGCCAGACCUCGUGGCGGUUGAUGAGCACGAGAGGAAACCGCAGCCAGUGGGCCGCCUUACCCGUGUUGACGUCGCCACCCUGCGCAGGAUACAAGAGCUCCUCCAGUGUCUCAUCGACAGCGGUGGCGUCAUGACCGACAACAAACUGUAUCACGAGCACAAGGACUGGGUCAACAAGUGGGCCGGCACCGACCACCCUUUCGCUCCCGUCGUUCCUGCAGGUAUGGACCGCAAGGUCUUCAAGCGCGUGCUCGGCAUCUUGGUUAACGACGGCCGCAUUAAGGAGCGUAUCACCAACAUGCCCACCACGACCGGCCGCUGGGUCAAACAGACGAUCGUGUUUGCGGACGGCACGCCAGAGGUUGCGGUCAGCACCUACAUCCACUCGCUCGCGAACACUGUUGGCUCGCAGCCGUCGACGCCUCAGCCAGUUGCGAGGUCCAGAGUCGCCUUACAGUACUCUAUGUACAAGAAGCCGAGCCGCGCGAGCAUCCUCUCGGCGGCCGACCUCGACGACAAGACCGAGUCUCCGAGCAAGGCUCCCCUUACUCAGCGUGAGGCGUUCCUCAGCGAACCUGGAAUGGGCGCACACUUGUACGGCUACCUCACCGGCCGCAACCUCCGCACCAAAGCGCUCCACAAGGCCAUCCUCAAGGUUCUCUCCUCCGAGGCGGCCCAUGUGGACGCGCCAAGUUUAGUGUCCAUGACGCCACGACUUUUCGCCAUGCCCCUCGUGUUCGAGGAGCUGCACAUACGCGACUGGCUCCGGAUCGUGCGCGUCGAGAAGUGGGAUGAGGAGUUGUAUCAGUGGACCCAAGUGCCUGGGAACCUCGACAUUAGACUCAAGGACUUACCUCAGGACAUCGCUGAGCGCGCCAAUAUGAGCGGGCGGUCGUGGCACAACGCCAAGGUCAACAGCGUUCGCACGUUAUUCUCGAUGCUGUCGUUCCUCCAGAUCCUCACGCCUCUACAGCCUUGUGACGAGGGAGUGGCCACUGUUCGGCUGGACGAGGUCAAUGGGGACCACCCUCGAACGUACGAGCGCGCACCUGACGCCACUGCCGCACCAUACUUCAUCCUCCACGAUGUCGCACCAGUGUACCACGUCGCGAACGCUUCGCUUCCUCUUCUCGGCUUCAUGCCUGCACACGACGAGGAGCAAGCUGAGAAGCUGUGGGGAAUGAUCAAGGACGCCGCGCACCAGGCUAACACGCCACACCUUACUCGUAUCGACGUACCUGCAUUCCCUUUUGCACCCGUCGUCACCGGUGUCCUCGACAUGACCGUCAAUCUGAGUGCUGCACUGUUGUCCAAGCGGAGGUGGAAGGACGAGCUCAAGCUUCUUGACGGGCAGCGCCGGGCUCUCAACGCGACUAUCGACAACCGCGGUGUUCGUACUGUCAAGACGAAGGAAGAGGUGGCUAAACUGGCGUACGACCUGGCUAUCACGCCUUCGGACGUUGAGACCUACCUGGCGCGUCGGGGUCGACUGAUGGCGGCAGGUGAGAGGCCGAUCCGGCCGGCUACCCCGCGGGCCACAACUACCUACACGCGCUCGGAGCGCAACAUCGAGAAGGCCGCUAUUCGCGAGGAACUUGCGAACCGCAUCCGCGCCGCCCGCCAGGUGUAUGAGCAGCGUGUGCAGUCUGCUGCCGCCAAGGUUGGCGUCGAAGUCACCCAGGAGCUCCUCGACUACAUUGUUCGUAACCGUCCGAUGACUCGUCUUGGUGAAAUCACCAGUGACCAAGAGCUCGUUACGAUCAUGGAAUCCUUUGUGCGCGUCAAGAACGGCUUCCAGCUUCCACCUCGACGCAACCCCGGUCUCACUCGCGCCAGCACCAACCACAUCAAGCCUAGCCGGAGUCGCGGGCGGCCGCCCAAGCCCAAGGACUACAAGCCGAUGGUCUUGCCCAAGGUUGAGAAGGAGAAGGGCCGACGAUACCGCCAUCACUGGACAAAGGAAGAGGAGGAGCUCAUCCUUGACUGUGAAGCCGUCAUUCGCGCUCGCGCCCGUGGCACUCAGCAGCGCGGUCGUGCAGCAAUGAAGGAGAUCUUCCCGAUGAUCGGUGAUCAGGUUCUCCGCGCCAAGGUCAAGAAGCUGCUCGAGCCUCCUGGCAAGGCGGCGUACUACCAGCGGCUCGAGGAUGCCGUGGCCAACAUCCUUGACGAGUUCAAAGGCAGCGACGUUCUUCCGGACCCCAACCCCGGCAGUAUCACCCACUUCAACCUGAAGCUCUAUGUCGACUUUGUGCGCACCAAGAUCAACAAGGCGCUACUACGUUUACCGGUGUCUUCCGCUCCACCACCUGGCAAAGGCAAGGCACCCGAGCUUCCCAGCGACUCCAAGGAGCUCAUCAAGAGCUACGAGUGGGAGUACCUCAAGGCGACAAACACGUCGUUCGACCAGAUCCUCGAUAUACCUGGUAGCGAGGAGAGCAAGUUACACAACAUCAGCCUCGCGAGUGUGGUUGAGGAGGAGCCGCGCGCAUGCCAGCAGCCUGACUCGGCCGUGGACCGCACGACCUCAAUCAUCCGCGCCGCGAUAAAGAUGGUCGUGUCCACGCCUAACGCUGUGUACAAUAUGCAGGCUGCGUCACAGCUGCUGAGCAACUACUACAAGGACGAAUACGAGCCCCAGAUCGCAGCCCUCGUCAACGAGGGCAUGCUCAACAAGAACAUCAACUCGAUGAAGACGCCCGGUCGCAUGUAUGGGUACGCGAACGGCUGGCUGUACACAGCCGAGGGCUUUGUGCCGCCCGAGGUGCCGAGCCAGGUCCGUGGCAUGCAGGCCAGGCUCGAGGAGGGCGAGAUGACGUGGCCCUUGGUGGGCCACCCGGGCGACCUGGCCACGUUCAUGCAGAUGGUGUCGAACCACGAGCUCGAUAUCGACAUCAACGCGGACGAGGUGCCAGCUCUGGGCAUGGAACGGCUGGCAUACAACACGCGUUCACUGACCGACGCCUCGUUCGAGUGGGACAUGCGCGUUAAGCGGAUCGGAGGGUCGAUGGACGCUGUACGGUUCCCGUCUCCCCCGGCGCCUCUCGAAAUCCCGCCGUUGACGCCUUGGUUGGUGAAGCCGGGCCCUCAGGAGCAUGUCCAGCGCGUUAUGGACGCCAUCGUCGCUGCCAGCGCCGACGGAAUCACGGCCGGCGGGCUCAAGCUCGAGACGGGCCUUUCGGUCAGCCAGAUCGACGGCGCCUUUGCCGCACUGGCUGCUGAGGACAACCCGCGUAUCUUCUGGGCAGGAUAUGACAACGCGCACGUGGUUGCGCGCGAGUUCUGGGGCGGGUGGACGACGCGCAUCAAGCCGGGCGACAAAUUCUUCGGGCCCGACCAGUGUCCACGCGUCGAGUGCGUUGCGCGUCGCUGGGUCGACAUCUGGGGCGACGUUAUCCCGCUUGAGUGGGACCGUUGCAUGAAGGCUGUGCUCGGCCAGCUAAUCGUGCGUCCUGGCCUAACUGAACACGACCUUCGCCAGCGCCUCGCCACGGUACUGGACCGGAUGGAGUUGUCGGACGUGCUCCAAGCACUUGUCGCCGCGGGGUGGGUUAAGCGGCGCACUGGUCUGCCAUCAUCUCGGCUCGUGCCGCCGGUGCACGCGACGGACGCGUGGGAGGCGCGCGCGAUUGUGAUUACCACUGCGGAGCACCUGUGGGUCUAG